GUAUCGCCUUGAUGUAAACUCAUCUAGAGGAACUGUGCACAGAAUUGGGUCGUUCGAGAUUGUCGGAAUCUGGAAUCAAGCAUAUACCGCUGCCGUCGGACUUGCUGACUAGCGGAAGUAGACAUAGGUUACCUGGGAACAUUGGUGGUGAUAAGUUUUGCUCUCAGGCUUCAUCUGACCUUGACUGGCCUCUCCCACUGGUCAUGGGUCAUCCAGGUCAGGGAUGCUUGCAUCUUCAAAACUGUCAGAUAUUGAAGAUUCGGAUGUAGUCUGCAUCGUGCACAACAUCCCAAAAUCAUUCCACUCCAGGGAUCUGCGCAAUUACUUUUCACAGUUCUUGGAAAAGGGCGGCUUCACAUGCUUCCAUUACCGGCACAGGCCCGAGGUGCAGGAGGUGGCAGGGGAGAGCGAAGUGCCGCCCGAGGUCGGGAGUCUCGCGCCGACCGCCAGCGUCAGGCCGGAGCCUGACGCUGCGGGUGGGUCGCCACGCCGCCGGCCGCACGCUGCCUGCUGCGCCACAGUCCGGCUCCGCCGGCAGCACCUGGCCGAGUUCGUGCGGCUGUACGACAAAAAGCACUGGGUGGACAGCGACGGCUGCUACCUGAGCAGGCGCUGCUUCGUGUCGCGUCUGCGGCUGGCGGCGGCCGCGGACCUGCGAGACAUGAUCGAGUUCCGGCCGCCAGCCGACAUGCCGCGGGGCAAUGUCGGCACGCCGACGGCCGUCUUUCUGCAGGCCAUCCAGCGCUGCCAGCUGCCGGCCAGUCUGGUGCGCCGGCUAGGGCUGGUGUUCCCGCGGUCGGCUCGCCGCCGCCAGUACAGCAGCGUCCCGCACGACUACGGCACUGGAACACAGUCCGAGGACGAGGAGGAGGCCGCGAGUGAGGAGACGGCGAGGACGGCACGCGGCGCCGAGCUGCUGGACCGCCUGUCCGAGCGGAUGCGGCCGCCGAGGCCGGAGACGCGGACGGAGCUGGGGCCGGAGUCUAGCGCGCCGCGAGCCUCCGACGAGCUGGACGCCGAAGAAUGUGACCGCCACGAGAGCCUACACAACGACGUGACGUCGCAGGACCGUACGAAGGAGCGGCUCUACGAGGAGGAAAUCGAGCUGGUCUGGGAGAAGGGUGGGCCCGGCCUUGUCUGGUAUACAGACGCCGUCUAUUGGGACCAGCUGCAGGGCGACUUUGACGAGCGCACCGCCGACGACUGGGAUGUGGACAUGGCCGUCUACGAGCCGGGCGCCGGACCGGGCGACAUGGACGCCCGCGAGGCGCGCCAGAUGCGGCUCGAGCGGUGCCUACGCGACGGCGCUCAGUCCGAGAGCGCGUUCACGCGCCGCCGGGACGGCAGCGGAGGCGCCAGGCGGUCGGACGAUACACACAGCAGCGGUGUGGGUGCGUUCGAGCGGCACACGCGCGGCUUCGGGCGACGCGUGUUGUUGAACCUGGGCUGGACGGAGGGCCGCGGUCUGGGCACCGGCGCCGGCGGCAUCGCCGAGCCGCUGGAGGCCGACGGCCAGACGGACCGGCGUGGCUUCGGCUUCGUGGGCGAACGGCUGGAGCGGAGGCCGGGCCGCAAGCGGCGCUGCUCCGGCGAGACCCGUAUCACGAGCGCGUACGACGACCCGCGCCGCACUGAGAUCGCCAAGGGCGUCGAUCACUCGCUGCCGCCCACGCACAUGAAGUUCCGCCGACCGGCGCCGCCCGCCUGAGCCGGGAUAACCGAGGAAUGUUGGGACGUUAGGCGCGGAAUCCGACGUUGGCCGGUGUCCUGUGAGAUUCGCUAACAGCUAGCGGCCCCCACCGUGUGACCAUAGCUCUUUCAGUCAGUGGAUGUGGUCGAUUCGCUACGCAUGCAGCAGGGUAGAUAUGUGCUGAGGUGAAAAAGCGAUGUGUUGCGGCACAUGGAGCUGCGGCCGUCCAUGGAUGAUGGACGGCCGCGGGAGACGAGCGGU